AAAAAAAAAAAUUGGGCCUAAAAACGCGUCAAAUCGCUUAGAGCGCCUUUAAAAUUAUCUCCGAAUUUCCCAGUAGUACGACUUGAGAGGGCGUUCAUGUACUAUUUCCUACAGCACGUGAAGGCAGAAUAAGUACACGGCUCGUCUUCAAUACUACAACAUCUGAUAAUUUUCCAAGCGUCAAGAAAGCAGCUGACAGGUGAUUCAUGAGCAGGAGGUGCAGUCGCAGGUGUGGGUGGAUCACACACCCAGUCAGACUCGACGCAGUACUCUCGGAGCGACAUGCUGACUGACUACACAUAUUCAUGAGCGACAUUUAUUCAGCCAUUCAAGAGCAUUUCUGAUGUAGACGGGACCGUGGACAAGGUUUAUUUCCACUCCUUCAGCAUUCAGCAUCAUGGACUACCAAUUUUGGCCACAAAAACUCUCAAACGAUAAACGUUUAUAUUGGAUACGGAUGCCUACAUAACCCAAUCUACCAUGGAUGAACAUGACUUAAAAGCUGAUUAUUAAAUAUGCUAAAUAUUGAAGUAAUAAUUUUAUAGUUUUUUUUGUUCAAGUGAACCACAAAGCCAUGUAUUCUCCUCUGUUGUUCUUCAUCGUUCUGUAUGGCAUCUUCCUGACAUCUUCCUAUGCUGGAUGGAGCAAUCUGAAUAGUACCCCCCGAAAAACCAUUCAAUAUGAAGAUAACCAUGUGAUCACGUUUAAAGAGGACGGUAUUUGGAAUUACUCCACAAUGCUGAUUAUGGAGGAUCUGGGUUUGCUGGUGUUGGGGGCGAGAGAGGCCGUCUACGCCCUUGACAUGAAUGAUAUCUCCGUUGCCAAGUCUAAGGUGCUUUGGAAGGUUACAGAGGAGAAACAAAAGGAGUGCACCUCCAAAGGAAAACAUCCUGACAUCGACUGUCGUAAUUAUGUACGGAUGCUGCAUCAAAUGAAUGACGGCGUGAUGUACGUGUGUGGAACAAACGCCUUUAGCCCCACCUGCGAUUACAUAACGUACAGUGACGGGCAGCUGAAGCUGGAGGGAAAGCAGGAAGAUGGGAGGGGGAAAUGUCCUUUCGAUCCGUUCCAGAGAUCCUCUUCUGUCAUGGUUGAUCAAGACCUGUAUUCUGCCACGUCCUUAAACUUUCUCGGUUCGGAGCCGGUCCUACUCCGCACCUCUCCUGUUUCACUGCGGACAGUGUUUAAGAGCUCUUGGCUCAAUGAGCCGAGAUUCGUCUACAUGGACGUGGUCCCAGAAAGUGAGGACAGUCCUGAGGGUGACGAUGACAAAGUCUACAUGUUCUUCAGUGAGAACGCCGUGGAGUACGACUUCUACAACAAGCUUGUGGUGUCGCGUGUCGCCAGAGUCUGCAAGGGCGAUGUGGGUGGUCUAAGGACCCUGCAGAGGAAAUGGACCUCCUUCUUGAAGGCUCGUCUGGACUGCUCUGUCCCUGAACCCAGUCUGCCCUACGUCAUACAGGACGUCUUCCAUGUCCGCCACAAGAAAUGGAGGAAAAGUGUCUUUUAUGCUGUCUUCACCUCUCAAUCAAGCUCAACAGAUCAGUCUUCAGCUGUUUGUGCAUUUCAUGUAACCGAUAUCAGUGAGGUGUUCUCUCGUGGCAAAUUUAAGACGGAGGUGUCCGUGGAAAUGUCUGAUGUGAAGUGGGUCACGUACAGCGGAGAGCUUCCUGUCCCCCGACCUGGAGCUUGCAUCAACAACGCAGCGAGGACUAUGGGAAUAGAAAGGUCGCUGGACCUCCCCGAUAAAACCCUACAGUUCAUCCGAGACCGGCCUCUCAUGGACGACGCCGUCCGUCCAAUCACAGGCAAGCCCCUGCUGCUCAAGAGAGGCCCGCUGUUGACCCGCCUUGUCGUAGACCUCGUAACUGCAUCGGACGGACAGUCCUAUCCUGUGAUGUUUGUCGGGACAGAAAAUGGUUAUGUGCAGAAAGCAGUGAACUAUGAUGGAGAAAUGCACGUAAUUGAAGAAAUAAAACUGUUUCAGAACACUGAGCCAAUUGACGUCCUACGACUUCACCAGAAUCAGUUGUAUGCAGGCUCUGCGUCUGGGAUUGUCCAGAUGCCCGUCAGCAACUGCAGUCGUUAUUCUUCCUGUCUGGACUGUGUGCUGGCCAGAGACCCUUACUGUGCCUGGGACGCCACAGCUCAACGGUGCUCUAGAUCACUUGAGGAUGCAAAAGGUAAUCUGAUACAAAGCCUGAAAGACGGGGAUGCCACUCGAUGCCCAACAACAGCUACCGUGGAACUAAAGAUCCACUCCCUGGUGUUGGGAAACAACAUCAGAUUGCUGUGUCGAGUAGACUCUAACCUGGCCCAGGUCAACUGGAAUUUUGCUGGGAAGCCACUCCCCUACUCAAACAGGAAGUAUACUAUUUAUAGCGAUGGCAUCCUUAUCUCCAACGCCUCAGCCGCUGACGCUGGACGCUAUACCUGCACGUCAGUCGAGCGGGCGAAAGGGAGACAGUACGCCCAAACACUGGCCGUUUAUGACUUACGCGAACAAUUACCAGUAAAUGUGACAGAUAAGAUUAAGACCACAUUGGGAGUCCUUCCUGAAAGCUACACGACAUCAUCAGGUUUGCAUAAAACUGAAGAGUCUCCGUCAUAUGCUACAAAUCAGAGCAGUGAGAAUAAAUGGAUAGUAAUGCAAGUGGCGCUGGCCGUGAUAUCCGUUAUGAUGGCCUGUCUGCUUAUCUGGAACUUGUACAUGGGCCACAUUUCUCCGUUUAUGUGCUGUGGAAGACAACCGAUCAAAAGCCACAGGAACCUUCCAGAAAGGGAAUACAUGCACACAGGAAAUGAUGUUGUGGACAGUAAACAGCAAAUGGUCAGGUUGUGUGUCACAACAAACAGUAAUAUUGAAGCAACCAGCUUCCACAGGAAUACCGUCAAUGGGGAUACGGCAACGGACAUUCAUAUUUUUAAGUACAUUACAGACGAGUCUGAGAUUUAAGAUUUGAUUCUUUUUAUGUCAUUUUUAUACAUAUUUAUUUUUUUAUUAAUAAUAAAAAAUGUAAUAAAAAUUAAUAUUUUAACUAGCAAAGUUAAAAGUUUGUCAAAGCCUAUUUUAAAGAUGUAGAUAAAUAUGAAAAAAAAACAAAUUUUUUUUCGAAAUAUGAAGGUAAAACAUUCUACCAGCUGUGUCUGAAAUUGCAUACUAUUCAAGUAGCUACUACAUUUGAGGAACAAACUUUGCAAAAUCUUCAGGACAUUCACUCUCUCAUCACCUCGGCUAUGUCGUUACUGUAUGAAUCUCAACGCAAUCAUAGUAAGUCAGUAUUAUUUGGUGCCGUGACCCGGUGUUGUACUCGAGCACACACUUCUUUAUAACAUUGUCUGUUCCCUCUCCUGUUUUACCUCAAUUAAUACUAUGAAUUCGGACAUGCUACUCAUUUCAUGUACCGCUUUUCUCCUGUUAUUCAGAAGGGAAGUAUGCAUUAGACGUAGGGAGUGACUGCAAUAAAAGCGACUUUAGUCUGAAAAGGAAUGUUUUUAUUGAACUGAAGUUGGAGAGCCAUUCCAGUCACAUUUCAUAUGCAGGACUGUUAAAUACAUUGGCUACACAAAGCCAGUUGUCGAACUUUGCAAAAUCAACCUCCUGUGGCUCUGUGGAGGGAGAUCUUGAGCAAAGGGGACCAAAGAUAAAGUCACAUAUUAAAAUUGAGUGUCUUAGCCUCCAGCCAACCACAACUGUAAACACAGUGAGAUGAAACAAAGAAUAAAUGCGAAAUGCAUAUUUAUACGCCAGUAGUAAAAAUAGCACAGGAUAUAGCCGCAUCCACCAAUUAAAAGUUGUAGCACUUGAGGGAAACUCGAAAGCUAUUGGUUCACACAUGCUUAAUAUGCAUGAAGAAUUAAGGCGGUCUUCGUUUCGAAGAUGUGAAAAAGCUUUAAACAGAAAGACAGCAGGCACAAGGUGUGUUUGCAAGGAAACGUUCUCAGUCAAAGAUA